UCAGAUUCCUGCCCGCCCUUUCACGAUCGAUCUUGCCACGUCACACCUUGAAAGCAAACACACGGAGAACUCUCUGACGAUUUUGCAGACAAUAGUAUGCCAUGUCAUCCAUUCCUUCGGGACGAAAUGUGUUUUAACAUGUUUUUGCAGUAAAUUCUCUGUUGAAGAAGGUUACCAAAUCCGUUGAAGAUAGUAGAAAAUUUUCGCAUUGUGUGGCUGCGAGUUGAAUCCUUGACUUAUUGAGACAAGAAAAUACGAGAAAUACAUUAAAAAAACCCUCCUUUCUGUCGAUGCGCCCGCAGGAUUUUGUUCCUGUAGAAGAUUCUUCUAGGCUUGGAUCACGAUGUGCAGUGAAUUUUUUAAAUAUUUUCGAUUAAUUUGAAGUUUACAAGGGUUUUUGUAUUUGUUUUCUUUAUCAUUUCUUUUGUGGAGGUGGUGUGAUUUGAACCGGCGAUCUGGCAUGGCUUUGCCAUACCUGGCCUCUGCUGCGAGGCGGGCCAUUGAACGCGGUCUGGCCGAGGAGAUAAAAAAAUGCAGCCUGAUGAAGCAGACAGGGGUUAGCUUAAAGCACAUGAUGGAGUUUUCGUUGCAUCCGAGUGACAAUUAUUUGCUAUUUUCGGCUCAAUUUUUGCACAAGGAAUUGCCAGUCAGGCUUGCGCACCGCGUGACAGAGUUGGAGAAUUUGCCGCACGGACUUUCUUCUCAGGACGAAGUUUUAAAGGUCCGUGAUUGGUACGUCGAUUCAUUUAGGGAUUUGCGUACUUUCCCAGAUGUACAAGAUUCAAAGGAUGAGUUGAAGUUUACAGAGUUGAUUAAUCAAAUUAAGAUGCGCCACAACAAUGUAAUGCCAACAAUGGCCGUUGGUAUCCACAAAUUGAAGCAAGCCUUGGGGCGUAAGCAAGGAUUGAAUGAGCUUCCAGAAAUACAUCAAUUUUUGGAUCGAUUUUACAUGUCCCGUAUUGGCAUUCGUAUGCUUAUAGGUCAGCAUGUUGCUUUGCAUGACCCAAAACCUCUACCGGGUUAUGUAGGCCUUAUAUGUACAAAGGUCUCACCUGUUAUAGUAGCACAGAAUGCCAUUGAUGAUGCAAGAUGUGCAUGCAUGCGAACAUAUGGUACUUCUCCAGAAGUUCAUGUUUAUGGGGAUCCAAGCUUCACAUUUGCAUAUGUGCCAACUCAUUUGCAUCACAUGGUGUUUGAAUUGGUAAAGAAUUCAUUGCGAGCAGUUCAAGAAAGAUAUAUUGAUUCUGAUCACGAUUGCCCACAUGUUAGGGUUGUGGUUGCUGAUGGACUUGAGGAUAUUACUAUCAAGAUUUCUGAUGAAGGAGGUGGAAUUCGCAGGAGUGGAUUGCCAAAAAUCUGGACAUAUUUCUACAGCACUGCACAGACUCCAGUAGAUGGACCGCAAAUACAAGAACUGCCUUCUGUUAUGGCUGGUUAUGGUUAUGGCCUUCCCAUCAGUAGACUUUAUGCAAGAUAUUUUGGAGGUGAUUUGCAGAUUAUUUCCAUGGAAGGCUAUGGGACAGAUGCAUACUUGCAUCUAAAUAGACUUGGAAAUGUGCAGGAGCCAUUGCCCUGAAAUUCUGAACAUAAUGUAUGGUUUACUGACUGAUUUUUAGUGUUCCACUCUUACUUUUAGAAUAAUGUCAAUAGUUAAUUGACAUUUUUGGAAGCAUCAUGCUGUGAUACUGCAAUUCCGAUUUGCUUCAGGAUAUUGAGGCAUUGGAUGUGAUGAAAUAUGCCCCAUCCAAGGUAUAUUUUGUUAUUUUCUACAGCAAAUAUUGAUUUGCAAUUGUCAAGAACAACAGAAAAGAUCUGCAUGAUUUAUAGAUAUGUGACAUGAUAUCAAUGUUUACAGAUA